AUGUAUCCACCUGAAGAAGCCUUUACCUAUCCCACUCAUGGCCCACCACCUACUUAUGCACCUAACAUCCAAAUUAACCCUUCUCAUGCCCAAAUUCCCCAGAAUUAUCCGUCAAUCACUAUGAGCAUGCCAUUUGAACCUCAGGGACCACAUUAUUACUCCACCGCUGAGCCAUUCACCUUAGAUACCGUCGCUCAAGGGAAAGCUGAAGCUGGGGAGUCAUCCGCGCUGAUGGAUAAGAAUUUGCUAAAGAGAUUGGAUCAGUUUGAGGAGUUCAUAAGGAAAAGCCAAGGUCUGAGCAAACAAGGAAGUCUGGACUACAACGAGCUGUGCCUAUUUCCGGAUAUGCAAUUGCCAAUGGGUUUUAAAGUGCCCAAAUUUACCAAGUACGACGGAACUAGCAAUCCCAAAACACACCUUCGGAUGUUUGCAAACAAACUUGGAAAGCCGAUAGAUGAUGAGAAUCUACCUGUGCAUUUAUUUCCCAAGAGUCUAGAAGGCGACGCGUUGGAUUGGUAUUCAAAUUUGAAGCCUGAGGAUAUGAGGUCUUGGAUGGAUUUGUCAACCGCUUUUGUAAGGCAGUAUGAAUACAAUUGCGAACUUGCUCCGACGAGAACCACAUUGGAGGCGACCAAGAGGAAACCAUCGGAGGACCAUAAGACGUAUGCGAAAAGAUGGAGGAAAAUGGCCGCCAAGGUGGAGCCCCCCAUGUCUGAAAAUAAGAUUGUCCGCACGUUUAUCAAAGCUCAUGACCCGUCCUACUUUGAGGAGAUUUUUCGAAUGACUGGGUGUUCCUUUGCUGAGAUUGUCAACAAAUUGGAAGAGUAUGAUGAGUUUAUGAGGGUAGGAAAAAUUGUUAAUGUUUUAGCUUUAAAGUCACAGUUGGAAGCCAUGCAGAGUCAGAGUAGCAGUAAUAAGAAGUCCCAGUUUAAGAAGAAAGACGAGGAAGCUUCCUUUGUUUGGAACCAAGGUUCUUCUUCCCGGCCUACAUACCAAUGA